GGAUGCAGGACGAUUCGUAAACUCCACAGGACCCGUGGAAUAUUUUGAAUUAGCCCCUAUCUGCGAACUGUGGUUGUAUUCGUAGUGAUUCAACCACAGCCCGGUGAAUGAAAGACUGAGAGAUUGAAGCUUGACGCACCGUAUCACUUUGGUGUAAAUUUGACUCUUGGUCGUUGGAAGAUGCUGUGCUGGGCUCCAGACUGUUGAGGCGCGUGUCGUUUAGGUGACACAGACACUUAACUUUACGGACUGUGUAUCAUUUAUCUGCUAUGUAAUUGGGAGCAAGUGGAUGUACAUGGGAUCCAUACAAUUACGAUCAGCUGGAUGUAUUCAACUGUCACGCAUGAUUGACGCGAAUUUAUAGAGAUUGAGAAAAUAACCCUGAAUUAAAUCUUAGCAGUAAUUCGUGUACGGUAUGCAUGUGUGCCUUGUUGAUCGGACGGAGCUGGGUAGACAAUCAUGGACUGUCAUCAGACGAAGAAUAUGCCAAUGCAUUGUAGGUUCCACAGUCGUAACGAUUGGAAUUGACAUAGCCAGUCUGUACGAGCGCCGGGGAAGUAUGGAGAGACAGGUCUAGAUUCACUCAUUCGGAUUCACCCGUUGAGAGCGAACUUUGGAAACUAAAGUGUUCUCCAUGGAAACUUUUAUGCAGGAUUCCGACACACUCAAAGAUGACAGCGUGAGCAAACCGUUGUAAACACCACUAUAGAAUUGCAUGAAUACAGAAAAUAUAGUGACUCAGACCAGCAGCAUGCUUACCUGUGGAUAAGAGUGAUCCCCGUGGGUUGAGUGUGGACCCCCACGUUCUCCCUGCUCCUUCUCCUGCCUUGGUUCCCAUCACCUUCAGCCCCACUGUCCACAUGCAGGCCAAGAAGAGGUACCUGCUCGUGUCUCUAGGGGCCUGUCUUCUUCUGGUUGCCUACUUGUGGGGACUGCAGAUUGGGGAGUUCCAUCACCAAAGCCACCACCAGCAACUGUACAGAGUCGCCCUGAGCCCUGGCCUGCCCAGACAGCGUUGGCCUGAGUGGAUCCACCCGCUCAACACCUACCUGGAGGACGGAGAGCAGGAGGAGGACAGCCCUCUCCUCCACCACCAGCACACCUCUCCCCGGGAGAGACGGGAGGUCCGUAACAACAUAUACAAGAGCAGGAGGUGCCGCAUGGACACAUGCUUCGACUUCAGCCGCUGCCAGAGGGGGUUCAAGGUGUACGUCUACCCCCUGCUGAAGGGGGAGACGGUUUCUGAGAGCUACCAGAAGAUCCUGACAGCUGUCGAGGAUUCCCGCUUCCACACCACAGACGUCAACGAGGCCUGUCUGUUUGUGCUGGGCAUUGACACUCUGGACCGGGACCAGCUGUCAAGCCAGUACAUUCACAAUGUCAAGGCUAGAAUACAGAGCCUCCCUACAUGGAACGACGGAAGGAAUCACCUCAUAUUCAACCUUUACUCUGGCACCUGGCCAGCUUACACAGAGGAACUGGGCUUUGAAAUUGGCCAGGCCAUUUUAGCCAAAGCCAGCAUUGAUAUGGAUAACUUUAGGCCACACUUUGAUGUGUCCAUUCCUCUGUUUUCAAAAGACCAUUCUCAAAAAGGAGGGGACAAGGGAUAUUUGACACUCAACAAUGUCCCUCCAUCAAGGAAAUAUUUACUGGUUUUCAAAGGGAAGAGAUAUCUGACGGGUAUUGGUUCAGAAACCAGGAAUGCUUUGUAUCACAUUCACAAUGGGGAAGAUAUCAUUCUUUUGACCACCUGCAAGCAUGGGAAGGACUGGGAGAAGCAUAAGGACGCAAGAUGCGACAGGGACAAUGAAGAAUACUCAAAGUUCGACUACCAGGAGCUGCUUCAUAACUCCAGCUUCUGCCUGGUGCCCCGCGGUCGCAGGCUGGGCUCCUUCCGCUUUCUCGAGGCCCUCCAGGCUGCCUGUAUCCCUGUCCUACUGAGCAACGGCUGGGAGCUGCCUUUUUCCGAGAUCAUCGACUGGAGCAAAGCAGCUGUCAUCGGGGACGAGAGGCUCCUGCUGCAGGUUCCUUCAAUUACCAGAUCUGUGGACCAUGACAAAAUAUUGGCGCUCAGGCAGCAGACUCAGUUCCUCUGGGAUGCUUAUUUUUCUUCGGUAGCAAAAAUAGUAUUAACUACAUUAGAGAUAAUCCAAGACAGAAUAAAUUCACACGUAUCCAGGAACAAGUUGAUGUGGAAUUCGUUGCCUGGUGGACUGUACGUUCUGCCUCAGUUCUCCACGGAUGCUGCAGUGUUCCCCUUCUACUACUCCUCUCUGGGUAAGAUCCCGUCCCAGGAGUUCACUGCUGUUAUCCAGGCCGUGACUCCUCUCCAAUCUCAGCUGCAGCCCAUAGUCAAGCUCGUCAUCGCUGUUGCCAAAUCCAAGUUCUGUGCACAGAUAAUUGUGCUGUGGAAUUGUGACAAGCCUUUACCUCCGAAGAGCAAGUGGCCCUCCACCACCGUGCCUAUCACUGUCAUUGAGGGAGAGAGAAAGACAAUGAGCAGUCGCUUUUUCCCCCAUGAAGUGAUCCUCACAGAUGCUGUCCUCAGUCUGGACGAGGACUCUGUCUUGUCGACUAAUGAGGUUGACUUUGCCUUCAUUGUCUGGCACAGUUUCCCAGACAGAAUUGUGGGCUACCCAGCACGCAGCCAUUACUGGGAUGGCAGCAAAUCAAGAUGGGGCUACACCUCCAAGUGGACUAAUGAGUACUCCAUGGUCCUCACAGGGGCUGCAUUCUAUCACAGGUAUUAUCACUACCUGUACACUCACUACUUGCCAACCAGCCUUCUCACCAUGGUGGAUCAGAUGGCCAACUGUGAGGACAUCCUCAUGAACUUCCUGGUUUCUGCUGUCACUAAGCUCCCACCUAUUAAAGUCACCCAGAAGAAGCAGUACAAGGAAACCAUGAUGCAGCAGGGUUCUAAGACGUCCCGGUGGGCCGAUCCGGACCACUUUUCCCAGAGACAGACCUGUAUGAACUCAUUCAGCGGCUGGUUUGGGUUCAUGCCUCUGCUGCACUCCCAGAUGAGACUGGACCCUGUGCUUUUCAAGGACCAGGUCUCCAUCCUGAGGAAGAAGUACAGGGACAUUGAGAGGCUGUGAAUCACCCCCCUCACACACACACACACACACACACACACAGAAGAGACUUGAGUGGUGUGGGUUUGGGACAAAUCUCCCUCCCAUAUGCAAGUGAAAAGAACUGCCUUUUUGUAACCAGCCUGUUCAGUCAGUCAGAUUGUCCGAACGAUACGUGAAAUCUCUACAGAGUAAUUUAUUAUGAAAUAUGCAACACCAGGACCGUUCUCCAGAGGUGAUGGUCUUGGCUAUUGAAGAUUAUUCAGAACUCUGAUUGGUUCAGCUCUCUCCAUGUCAGUGAGUUGGACUGUGUCGAUGUUGUCGUCAUUGUUGUCAAAAGAGGAAUAUUGCAACUUUUCACACGCUUCAACUCCAGACUGAUUGUCGUUGUCACGUCCUUCCUCUGACAGAGCAGACCGGGAAGUGAGGUCACAAACGCCUGGACAAUGUGUACUCCAGUUUGGUUUCAGAUCUUUUCUGUGGCAUUGUGUCUUAUACAGAAAUUAACUCAGUGCAUUGUGUCUUUCCUCCAUGAGAUCUAUAAAGUUUAUAUCUCUUACAUUGUA